AUGGAAGAAGGUUGUCAUAUGCAAGUCACUUCAAAUGAAGACUUUAAUGACGGGGAGAAGAUUGAAGGAAUGUUACCUGGGGAUGAAGUGGAAAAACCUAUGGUUGGGAUGGUUUUUCCUUCUGAAGAAGAGAUUCGUAGUUAUUAUAACAACUAUGCAAAGAGUCAAGGUUUUGGUGUAAUAAAAAUUAGUGCAAAGAAUGGAAGAGAUGGAAAAUCAAGGUAUUUUUCACUUACAUGCGCUAAAUAUGGAAAUCGAAACUCAACUAGAAAAGACCGUUUGCAUCCAAGGCCUUUAACUAAGACCAAUUGCAAGGCCAAAAUCAAUAUUACGGCUAAAGAUGAUGGAAGAUUCAUUAUUGUUCGUGUUUACCUUGAUCACAAUCAUGCAUUAAGCCCAGGAAAAGUACGACACUUUCAACGUAAUAAGGUGCUAGAUUCUCAUGUCAAAAGAAAAUUGGAAUUAAAUGAUACAGCUGGUAUAAAAUUGAAUAAAAAUUUUCAUGCAUUGGUUGUUGAAGCUGGUAGGUAUGAAAAUUUGACAUUUGGUGAAAAAGAGUGUAGGAAUUAUAUUGAAAAAGCAAGACGACUUUGA